AUGUCACGAUUCGCAUACAAGUCAACAGGGAGGAAAGAGAAAUUCGAAAAGAAAGCUGAGAAAGAGGAGAAAGUUUAUUUCGAUAAUUUGCAUUCUACUCAAGUUGCUCAAGACUCACGUAAACAGCUCAUUGAACUUAUCGAUCAAGCUAAAUCUACUGAAGAUGAUUUAAAAAAGUUAGUUGAUGAGCAUCAAAAUGCGCAGAGGGAAUUGGAUCAAUUGUACGAUUCGAUCUUUUCAGGAUCGACGCCUAGAUAUCCACAGGAAGACGAAUUCGAACAGCAAUCCAACGAUGCUUUGUCGGCAUACCAUUCACUCAGACAAACUCUCGAAGCAGAACUGCAAGUCAAGAACCUGUUGGAACAGGCUAGUAGAGCUAUGAGAGCCUGUUUAGUUCAUAUGCGUGGUGCGGAGGGUUCUUCAACAUGGGAUAUGUGGGGUGGACGUACAAUGUCAGAUAUGAUGGAAAGAAAUGAACUUUCAUCGGCGGAUCGUCAAUGGUCAUCGGUCCAACUUUUAACUCAACAGGCUAAAAACCUCUCUCAGGCUGUCAGGGAUUUACCCCAGGUUAAGGUCGCGAUGGGGAAUAUAAUGUCGGAUGUCUUUUUCGAUAAUAUAUUUACGGAUAUGGCUUUCCACGAUAAGAUCAAGAACAGUAUAUACGAAUUGAACGUCGCUGCUGAUGUUGUGGAGAGGAAUAGACAAGAGAAUGAAAUUAGGUUGAAUGAUAUGGGAAAGGAAUUGAAAGGGAGGGAAGAGAGGUUGGAGAGGAGUAGAAGGGAUUUACAGGAUUUGAGAAGUGAGAUAUUCAGAAAGAUUGGGGAGGGGCAGAAGUGA